AUGUCUCAAGUGAAGAAUUCCAUGAAAACCUUCACUAUACUACAGCCUACACUUCUGAAGACUUUCACAUGGUUUAGUAGUGAGGAUGAAAGGGAGAACAUUCAAGUUAAGGCUAACAAGAACGCUAAGCGAGUGAUCAUGGAGCAACAAGCACAGCCGAGCAAGGAUCAGCAAGUAGCAACGAUGGGCUACAACCCACGUUCCAAUGCGGACAGAUUCAGACCUCGACUGUAUUUCGACGAUGUGGCCACGUAUCUGAAAAUCGAUAUAUUGAUCGGAAUGAAAAUCAAUUUGGAGAACCAUCUCGAAACCAAUAUAUCGUAUGACCCAUAG